CUCUUACCGUGACAAAUCGGUAUAAAAGCUGAUGUUUGAGAAUACUUGGCAUCAUUCAGUCAUUUCGAUUAGAUCUCGACAACAAAUCAAAAUGAACAUUCAAGUUAUCGUGUUGUCUCUUGCCAUUGGGAUCGCUUUGGUCUGGGCUCGUUGCGAAAAAGUGAAACGAGGCGAUCCUUGCCAAACCAACGACAAUUGCACCCACGUGCCAUUGCAAUGCAACCAAUGGAGGGACGGUUGUAAAGUCUGUCAACCCGUCGAGUGUGGCAAGGCCGGUGAGAGGUGUGGCUGGUACAAGGGCCGUUGUUGCACUGAUGAAGAGGUGUACUGCUACAAGGCGGCCAAUGAAAAGAGCAGAUGCACGCCCUUGGCCGACAUUCCCGAAUCGGAUCACUCCCAAGUUUUACAGGACAACGUUUGAAAAUGGGAUGCCUGAUUGUGAGGCUCUGUGAUUGCAUAUUAUGACGAUAAUAAAUUUGCGUUGCAAUUUGAAUUGGAAUUAUUUGAAGGAUAACUGGCUGGCUCUCAUGUGUAGAAAGCUAAAUCUAUUUGUUGCUAAAAUUUAGCGAUUCCAAUGGGAUGCUUUAGGAUCACCAUGCA